UGGAAGUCACAUGACAGGGAUCACAUGACGCCGUGCAAUCAGGAAGUGAAGCUGUCAGUAGGCCCGGGCAGUAUGGAGAGAUUAGACAAAACCGCUUUGAAUGCCGCCAGCUUCCCUCCGCCGGACUUCAGGCAGAAUGACGGCUCCUUACUUUCUACCUUGAAGACAUUACUCUUUUUUACCAUCUUAAUGAUCAUGCUUCCGAUUGGUCUUUACUUCUCCUCCAAGGUUUAUGUAUUUGAAGGUGCAUAUGGUAUGUCUAACAGGGACAGCUAUUUCUAUGCUGCAAUAGUGGCUGUCAUAGCUGUGCACGCAAUUUUGGCCUUAUUUGUAUAUGUGGCAUGGAAUGAAGGCUCCAAACCACAGUGGCGUGAAGGAAAGCAAGACUAAGCACUGCUGGUAUAGCUCAGUAAAUGGACUUUGGAUGUACUGAGAAGCAAAGUAUAUCACAUGGAAAUUUUAAAUGGACUUGCAAAGGCUUGAACAUUACAUUGAAAAGAAUGGCAAAAACAGUGAUUUUCUUUGAAACCUAUUUAUUUAGAUGUACAUGUUGCAUUUAAUUUCUUUUUUCUUUUCUUUUUUUUAUAUGUGUUUAAACUACAGCAAAUUGUAUAUUCCCAAUUUAAAAUUGAAGAUUUGAUUUUUUUUUCUACAGCUUUGUGAUGUCUUUUAUUUGCACUGUUUUGCCCCUCUUCUUGGGUCCCCCGCUGGCACUCUCUGCUUCUCUUCAUGGUGGGUCCCCAUAGAUGGCCACUUCUUAAGUGGCCCACCUGUGAAAACUUGCUCCAGAGCUGCACUAAUGCCCCCCCCCCCCCCCAGCAUACAGGGAAUUCACUAAGGUAAAAGAUCCCUGGUCUUUACAACCACUUUAAUGAAUAUACACAUUUUUGCCUUUCACUCUAUGUGUAUGGUGAAAUGUGUGAUUGUCUUUCAGUGGUGAAACAUUAUGAGGAUUUCUGCUUUUACCAAUUCUUUGACCAGCCUUCCAAUGUAUUCUUCAAUUUUUAGAGGAUGGACCAAGUUUUGUCUAAAGAUGAAAACCCCUUUUUGUUGCAGUUGAUUGAUAACGGCUUCCAGUACUUAUCUGUAUGAUCUCUGUGUGUAUUGUAGAAAAUGAUGAAUUUAGCAUUUCAUAUACCCUGUAUUUGUCAAUGUUUCAAUAUAUGUUUAAGCCAUGCUUGAAAGAAAUCUAUUUCUAGGUAACAAUAUUAAGAAUGGUGGGUAAAGGACAGAUGUGGGGUACUGUUAGCUGCCCUGUGGUACUUCAGUCCAGUAUCCCAAUAUGUCAUAGUUUUGCUUUUACUCACAGUAAUAUGUGUUUAGUUUGUAUAUCUACCACAUGUGGCUUUAUUUAUUUGGGGACUCAUUGCUCAAAUCUGUUUUAACUUUGCUGUAAACUUUGUUGAAUUGUUUUCCUGAAAUGUGAUGUUGGCCAGUUCUAUAAAAUGACACUUCUUCAGAUCUUUUUAUUUAAAGCAUACAUCGGGCUCAUUUUAGUAAAACUGGUCAUACAUGACUUGAAUUCUGAAUCGGUUCCUGCUAAAUCGGCCCAAAUGGGAGCCUAUGGCCUUGUCAACACUGCCUAAAAAAAUUGAUUUGCAAAUCAAAAGAGCCCAUGCGGGCCAAGCAGUGGCUGUAGUCACUGUCUAGGCAUUCUGACAGCUGCAGGUGCUAUGGCUGUCAGAAUACAAUAGCUGGAAUGGGAGAUUCCCCCAGUCACGCUGUUGAGUAUGGAUGGGGAGAAUCGAUCGAUUUUUCUCAUUCAGCCCAUAGGGCAUAGCAAGAAUUUUGUUUGGCUGGCCCUAAGGCAGUACAGCAACUUAUUAGAUUUCACCAGCCAUCUGCUUGGUGCUACUUCUGUUUUUUUUUUUUUUUUAAAUCAAUUGCUUUAGUUCACUGCUUGUUAAAUCUUGUUUUAAAUAAUUCUAAUAAAGCUUUAAAAUAUAAAGGCUGAAU